AUGCAACACAACCAGAUGAACCAAGGCCCACCACUUCCACCUGGAUGGGUAUCACAAUGGGAUGCUGCUUCCGGACGCCCCGUUUUCGUUGAAACGGCUACCGGUCAUGUUCAAGCCCAUCUUCCGACCGAAAGUCAAGCCUAUCAACAGAUGCCUCCUUCUCAGAUGGGUUUUGCACCACAAGGCCAACCCAUGAAUGGUGCACCCAAUCUACCAAUGUCACCUCCUCCAGGUACCAAUGACGGAGCUGGCAAUCAUCCACGAAGCAAACGAGUCUAUGCUUCUAACCAGGCUCAGGCCUAUUAUGGCGAUGCUGGGGGUGCUGGUCCACCGGGAGGCCCACAAUAUCAAUCAACAGCUGGGCCGCCCUCUCAAUAUCCUCCAGGCGAUGGUUUCUUUGCUCCUGGGGAAGCUCAAGCUCAGCCUUUACCGUACGGUCAACCUGCACCUCCAUACUCACAGCCAGGUUAUGGUGCCGCCCCGCAGCAGCUUCAGCAACCUUACCCAGGCCCAAAUAACGAUGCUAUGGGCGACGUGACUCAACAGUUUCAAAGUAUGGGAAUGAACCAAAAAUCUUAUCCAUUUUCAACAUGUAACUUGAUCGGUGCUCCGCUUAAUCCGCAACUGCUCACGUCUCCUCCACCUGCUAUCCGCUUACCCCCAGGUGUUUGCGUCAGUCAACAUCCAUUAGCCAACGCCGAUCCAUCGUACAAACGCUGCACUCUCAAUGCUAUCCCUACAUCUGAAAGCUUAUUGAAGAAAUCAAAAAUCCCACUGGCAUUAAUCAUAACGCCAUAUCGAUCAGUUCAAUCAGGCGAACCUGAAGUUCCAGUUGUUACGGAUACUGUGAUCGCUCGUUGCCGACGCUGUCGAACUUAUAUCAAUCCAUACGUGACGUUUAUUGAAGGUGGCACUCGCUGGAAAUGUUGCAUGUGCAAUCUAAGUAAUGAGGUUCCACAACUAUUUGACUAUGAUCGAACAAAGAACGAGCCGGUUGAUCGUUGGCAAAGGGCCGAACUUAACCAUAGUGUCGUCGAAUUCGUGGCACCUACGGAGCCACCGCAGGCUCCAACCUACGUCUUUCUGAUCGACGUAUCCUAUCCAGCCGUCUCGUCUGGGAUGGUUGCUACUGCGGCUCGAACAUUAUUGGAAACCCUUGAUCGAAUUCCGAAUGAAGAAAAUCGUACCCGUAUCUCAAUCAUUGCGGUUGAUACCUCGCUUCACUUUUUUUCUCUGACGCCGGGAAGUUCCGAACCCAGCAUGUUGGUGGUAGGGGAUGUUGAAGAUGUCUUUCUUCCCACUGCUUCGGACUUGCUAGUAAACUUAACAGAAGCUAGGCCUGCUAUAGAAUCCUUGGUUACUCGCUUGAAUGAUAUGUUCAAAGACACUCAUGUUGUCGGGAAUGCGAUGGGACCUGCGCUACAAGCGGCUUACAAGUUGGUAUCCCAUAUUGGUGGUAAAAUCAUGGUUCUUAGUGCAAGUUUACCCAGUGUUGGCGCAGGUGCUUUAAAAAGUCGAGAGGAUGCAAAAAUUCUAGGAACAGCAAAAGAGUCUUCACUAUUACAAGCUGCAACUGGAUUCUAUAAGACGUUCGCAAUUGAUUGCUCAAGAUCACAAGUCUCAGUCGACAUGUGGCUCUUCUCUUCGGUAUAUGCCGAUGUUGCAUCCCUGAGUUGCUUGCCUCGAUACACAGGCGGAAACACUUAUUUCUAUCCUGCGUUCAACGCGGCUCGAGCUGAAGAUGCGUUGAAGUUUGCUCACGAAUUCGGUCAGGUUCUUGCCAGUCCGAUCUGCUUGGAGGCUGUUAUGCGAGUGCGGGCCUCACGUGGUAUCCGACUCUCCGCGUUCCACGGUAACUUUUUUGUACGGUCAACGGACUUGCUUGCUCUCCCUGCUGUACCGGUUGACCAAUCAUAUGCUAUUGAGCUUCAAAUUGAAGACCCGAUCAACAUGCCCUUUGUGGUUUUCCAGACUGGAGUGCUCCAUACCACUUCUUCGGGGGAGAGGCGGAUACGUGUGAUCACCCUGGCACUUCCCACCACAAGCAGUAUCGCAGAUCUUUAUGCAACCGCAGAUCAAGUUGCGAUUGCGACCCUUUUGGCCAACAAAGCUGUGGAACGAUCUAUGCAAGCCAAGCUAGAAGACGCCCGAGAUGCAGUGACGAACAAGAUUGUGGAUAUACUUGGAACCUACAAAUCUACAAUGACAGCUGCUGGAAGUGGGCCUACCCCUCAGCUGGUCAUAAGCGAAAAUUUGAAGAUGCUUCCGAUGCUGCUGUUAGGCUUGUUGAAACAUGUUGGAUUACGUCAAUCUUCCCAGAUUCCAUCUGACAUGCGAUCCUACGCACAAGCUCUUCUCACGACCUUGCCUUCUCAACUUCUCGUGCCUUAUCUUUACCCAACAUUCUAUUCGCUGCAUAACAUGCCAAAAGAGUGUGGCACCGUAGGUGACUUUGGUGUGAUACUACCACCGCAAUUAAACGCUACAAGCGAGAGACUAGAAAGGCACGGAUUAUUCUUGAUAGAAGAUUCACAAAACAUUUUCCUUUGGGUUGGACGUGAUGCAGUACCACAAUUGAUCUCGGAUGUAUUUGAUUUACCCAGCUACCAAGACCUGCGCGGAGGCAAGACCACAUUACCAGUUCUAGACAACCCAUUUUCUCAGCGGGUCACAGCUAUAGUAGGUAAAAUUCGAGAAUAUCGAAGAGGACCAUAUUAUCCUCAUUUGUAUGUAGUCAAAGAAGAUGGAGAACCAUCAUUGAGGAUGUGGGCCUUAAGCUUAUUGGUAGAAGAUCGACAAGAUGCUUUACCUAGUUAUCAUCAAUAUGUGACAUCAUUGAAAGAUAAGGUCAAUAAUAGUUCGUUUUGA